UGACAGAGGCGGCGCUGGGCUGUUGGGCGGGUUGGGCUGCGGCCCGCGCGCGCGGCGGGCGAUGCUGGGGGGCAGCUCUGGGGCCCGGGAGCGCGAGGCGGAGGGCGACCCGGCUGGGGCUCUGCCUGCGCCGCCUGCCAUCGACUUCCCGGCCGAGGGCUCGGACCCCAAAUAUGAUGAAUCCGAUGUUCCAGCAGAACUGCAGGUGUUGCAAGGACCCCAGCAACAGCCGAGUUUCCCUUUUGCAGUUGCCAACCAGCUAUUGCUUGUUUCUUUGCUGGAACACUUGAGCCACGUGCAUGAACCAAACGCACUUCGUUCAAGACAGGUGUUUAAAUUACUCUGUCAGACCUUUAUCAAAAUGGGGCUGCUGUCUUCUUUCACCUGUAGCGAUGAGUUUAGCUCAUUGAGACUGCAUCACAACAGAGCCAUUACUCAUUUAAUGAGGUCAGCCAAAGAAAGAGUUCGUCAGGAUGGCGACGGAAGGCCUGAGGCUGAAGUAGAGAGAACGGGCCAUGCGGAUACCGGAGGGAGAGCACUCCAGGAUCCUUGUGAGGAUAAUUCUCAUAUUCAGAAGAUCAGAUCAAGGGAAGCCGCCUUCGAAGCACAGACUUCACGUUACUUAAAUGAAUUUGAAGAGCUUGCCAUCUUAGGGAAAGGGGGAUACGGAAGAGUAUACAAGGUCAGGAAUAAAUUAGAUGGUCAGUAUUAUGCAAUUAAAAAAAUCCUGAUUAAGGGAGCAACUAAGACAGAUUGCAUGAAGGUCCUUCGUGAAGUGAAGGUGCUGGCGGGUCUGCAGCAUCCCAACAUCGUGGGCUAUCACACCGCUUGGAUAGAGCACGUUCACGUGGCCCGGCCACAAGAUAGAAUUUCUAUUCAGUUGCCAUCUCUGAAAGUGAUCUCCACCCAGGAGGACGACAGAGAUCAACAUGAUGUUAAACAUGAAGAAAGUAACAGCUCAUCCAUUAUCUUUGCUGAGUUCACCUCAGAAAAAGAAAAAUCCUUAGCAGAACCUGGCCCUGAAAAUGAGAAUAACAGAUUGGUGAACUAUACCACCAGUUUAGUCACAGGAGAUGCCGAUGAAUUUGAGACAUCCAUUGAGCCCCAAGGAAACGACUUGGCUGGUUUGUCAUCCAGUUCGAUUGUUGAGAAUCAGCUGCCAGUUAGGCUUAAUUCAGACUUAGAAGAGAACUCCACUGAGGAAUCUUCCGAAGAAAACUUAAACUGGUUGGGGCAGACAGAGGUGCAGUACCACCUGAUGCUGCACAUCCAGAUGCAGCUGUGUGAGCUCUCGCUGUGGGACUGGAUUGUGGAGAGAAACAGGCGGAGCCGGGAGUGUGUGGAUGAAUCAGCAUGUCAUCAUAAGCAGGAAAAGUCUGAGAAACACUCACAGACCAGAGGAGCCUCAAGAGACAUGGCAACUAAAUGUAAUAUGGUGUCCUGGACAGAAUCCUGGAACAGAAAAAGGGCAUUAGGUCCCUAUGUUAUGGCCAGUGUUGCAACAAAAAUUUUUCAAGAAUUGGUGGAAGGUGUAUUUUACAUACAUAACAUGGGAAUAGUACACAGAGAUUUGAAGCCCAGAAAUAUUUUUCUUCAUGGCCCCGAUCAGCAAGUGAAAAUAGGAGACUUUGGUCUGGCCUGCACGGACAUCAUCCAGACGAACAUAGGCUGGACCAACAGGAAUGGGAAGAGAACCCCAACACAUACCUCCAGAGUGGGUACUUGUCUGUACGCCUCGCCCGAACAGUUGGAAGGAUCUGAGUAUGAUGCCAAGUCGGAUAUGUAUAGCUUGGGUGUGAUCCUGCUAGAGCUCUUUCAGCCCUUCGGAACGGAAAUGGAGCGAGCACAAGUUCUCACGGGUGUAAGAACAGGUCAGAUACCCGAGUCCCUCAGUAAAAGAUGUCCGGUGCAGGCCAAGUACAUCCAGCAGCUGACCAGAAAGAACGCAUCCCAGAGACCGUCUGCUCUGCAGCUGCUACAAAGCGAACUCUUCCAAAGCUCUGGAAGUGUGAAUCUCACCCUACAGAUGAAGAUACUAGAGCAAGAAAAAGAAAUCGAAGAACUAAAGAAGCAGCUAAGCCUCCUUUCUCAGGACAGAGGGGUUAAGGAGGACAUGACAAAUGGGGUGAGCCCGCCUGGCCUUAAUCAGGUGCCAUAAAUAUGAAAGUGGACUCCACUCUUUUAAGCUAAAGUCAACUGGAAUGUAUUUUUUUAAACUUUAUCAGGAUAUAGGUGGUGGAAUACUUAAUUGUACUUAGUUAGCUCGUACGUGACCUAUUAAAGUGAGUUUGUAAAAGUA